AUGGUCCUGCAAACCUUUGUUUUGGUAUUUGCAACAUUUGUUUUCCAUAUUUGGCUGAAGUUGAUAGAUUUUUCCAAGAUGUUAGCCACUCCAGCUGCCAAGUAUCCAGAUCAGUACUUUUGGCCCAAUUUUGAAGAGAAGCAGUGUUAUUUACUGGACAUGCAUUCUGUUGGGCAACAAGAGAAGGGUGCCAGAUAUGCUCCAGAAUUGAGGAAUUAUGGGCGAAUUACGGCCUUCCCGAUAUUUUGUUAG